AUGGCGACAAGCGGCGGGCAGGGCCUGCCCGCUCUGCUCCUCCUCCUCCUCCGGCUGUGCGAGGUGAGCGGCCGGGAGCCGGCGUGUUCCCGGCCCUGCGGCGAGCGCUGUCCGGCCGAGCCGCCGCGGUGCGCCCCGGGAGUGCCCGCCGUGCUGGACGGCUGCUCCUGCUGCCUUGUGUGCGCCCGGCAGCGCGGCGAGAGCUGCUCCCCGCUGCUGCCCUGCGACGAGAGCAGCGGCCUCUACUGCGACCGCGGCCCUGAGGACGGUGGAGGGGCCACCGGCAUCUGCAUGGUGCUGGAGGGAGACAACUGCGUGUUUGAUGGGAUGAUUUAUCGCAGUGGGGAGACGUUCCAGCCCAGCUGCAAGUACCAGUGCACCUGCCGAGACGGACAGAUUGGCUGCCUGCCCCGCUGUAACCUGGACUUGCUUCUCCCUGGUCCUGACUGCCCAUUCCCCAGAAAAAUCGAAGUCCCUGGAGAGUGCUGUGAGAAGUGGAUCUGCGACCCAAAAGAUGAAGUGAUUUUGGGAGGUUUUGCUAUGGCUGCCUACAGACAAGAGGCCACACUCGGGAUAGAUGUGUCAGAUUCGAGUGCCAAUUGUAUUGAGCAGACAACAGAGUGGAGUGCUUGUUCCAAAAGCUGUGGAAUGGGCUUUUCCACUCGUGUUACCAAUAGAAAUCAACAGUGUGAGAUGGUGAAGCAGACACGGCUUUGCAUGAUAAGACCUUGUGAAAAUGAAGAACCGUCUGAUAAGAAAGGGAAGAAAUGUAUCCGAACAAAGAAGUCUCUGAAGGCUGUUCGCUUUGAGUACAAGAACUGCAGCAGCGUGCAGACCUACAGACCUCGUUACUGUGGCCUCUGCAGCGACGGGCGGUGCUGUACCCCACACAACACCAAAACCGUUCAAGUGGAGUUCCGCUGUCCCCAGGGCAAAGCCCUGAAAAAGCCAAUGAUGCUGAUCAGCACCUGUGUCUGUCAUAGCAACUGUCCUCAGAACAACAGUGCUUUCUUCCAGCCAAUUGAUCCGACAUCUAGUGAAGCAAACGUGUGA